AUGGACUCUUCCCCAUCAACAGGUAGCAGGGCUCUGGAGCCUACGCUGCCCACCACAGCCGGCGUCAAGCGUCCUGCUCCUUCACUCCUGCCGGCAUUCGAGCCCUUGUCUUCUUCACCGGGCUUGCCUCGACCCGCGAAGAGGCACGCAAACUCCAAUGCCUUCCUCAAAUACCCGACGCCAGUUGCAACCUCGAGCACCGGGAUCCUCUCGUCGAGCCCCCCGCGGCUUGGGUCACGCCCCGCCCUCCAACGCACGCUGUCAACAUUAUCCGAGCGCGCCCCUCUGUCCAGCGUCCCGUCGGUGCAGCUCAACGAGAACGGCGAGACGGUCCUGAUGGGUCGGUCCAGCAGCUCUUCCCAUUAUCAGCUCUCGGCGAACCGUCUGAUCAGCAGGGUACACGUCAAGGCGCGAUAUAUCGCGGCAACCAACCCGCUCGAGCCCAACAAGAUCGAGAUCAUCUGCAAUGGUUGGAACGGGUUGAAGUUGCACUGCCAGGGGCAGAUGUGGGAAUUGGCCAAGGGCGACUCGUUCACGUCCGAGACGGAGGGCGCCGAGCUGAUGGUCAACGUUCAGGAUGCCAGGGUGUUCGUACGGUGGCCGCGUCGGGAUAAGGACCAGGACGCGCUGGGCCAUCUGAGCGAUUCAACCUGGGACGAGUCCCCGCGUCCGAGGGUUGCGAGGGCAGGCUCGGAGCUUCACGGCAGCCCGUUAAGGCGGACGACGCGUCUCACGAGUCCGGAGUCACCCACACCGGCCGGUGUCUCGACCUCCAAUGCAAGCCUGGACAGCUUGAUGCCGCGUGGUGUCGAAGAUGACGACGCUCCGGUGGAGAUUUAUGAGGAUGCGAGCGCGGACGAGAAAUCGCCCGAGCUGCCCAAGGCCCAAGCGGCGGCUGCUGCAAGCUUCAUGACCAAUGUGACCGAGAGCUUCUCCAGCGACCUCAGCGACCCGCAGUCUGACGGGGAAAACGACCUCAACGAGAACGACCCGAUUCUCCACUCGUUCGGUCCAUUCGGCCCCAAUAUCUCUAGCCGUCUCGCGUCUUUCGCAACCAUCACACCGAGAAAGAUGGCCGGUUCCCGCAACCCGUUGGCCGGCGUCCUCGAGUCUUCACCCCUCCCUGCGCCCUCCCCGCUAGGGCCUGCAGACGGGAACUCGGCAACCAACGCCCAUCCCGAGCCGACCUCGGCCUCGCUCGCCAACCUGAGCCCCGAGGCAAAGUCCACCAUCACCAACCACAUGGUCAACCAGUUGGCCUUCUCACGCCUGUCGUCGACCCCGCUGUCGACCAUCAUGAACAACCUGCCGGCCGAGGAGCGGAAGCUGGUGAACAAGGACCAGCUGCGCGUCAUCAUCGAGUCGACUCCUUGCCUGGGCAUCAUCCGGCGGCAGGGCAAAGACGCGGCGGGCAAGCCGCUUGAGAGCGAGUAUUACUACACGCCGGAGCUCGAUACCGACGAGCAUCGGAGGUUGGCCGUGACCGACGGGCUGCGGAAGCCGAGUUUGAGGAAUUGUCGGAAGCAGCACAAGCAAUAUUAUUGGAAGCGCCCCAAGACCCCUUGA